UAUGUCACGCACAGGGACUGGUUGGUCACAUGGUCCAGCUCCGACGUUCUGCGGAAAUUAAUUAGCGGAAGAAACAGGUGAAUGUAUCGUCGGCAGGUGACACAGCCAGAGAGGAAAUCAGAGCCAUAUAAACAUAUCCAUACUGAACAGCAAGGCCAUGUGAGUCUGGCCUGGUGACUGUGUAAAAGAGAGACCAGUGCGUCCCCAUGUCUGCUAGAGGAGGUUCCUCUGGCCGUUUCAACAUUGUCCGGGAUGCAGAACCUCACUACGACCAGGUCCCAGUGGGCUCCUUAUGGAGGGACCAGGACCUCCCUCCUCCUCCCCGCUCCCUUGGGGGUUCAGGGGGGCAGACCGCUGUGAGCUCCGACCCCCUGCCCCCCCCUCCCCUCCCAGACCAGCCCCCCGUGGGCCCUGACUUCUACCCCCUUAGCGACGGUGCCUCGGAGCGCCUUGACAACGACAGUGCGGCCAUGGACAUCAAACCAGUCCGCCGCUUCAUUCCUGACUCCUUCAAGAACUUCUUCCGCGGCAACAGUGUCCGUGGUAGCAGCAACAAGCCCUUCUCCUUACCCCCCUCCCCGCCGCUGACGGAAAAAGACGACCUCAAACCAGGAACCACUAGAGGUGUCCCCUGCUCCCCUCCCCCCUCUCCCUCACUCCCUGGCUCCUACUUGGAUCCGUACGGAGGCUCUGGCGGCAGCUACAACUCCAGAAAAGAACGUGACGCCAUGUUGCUAGGAAGCGAUGCAUUCGAGUCUGUCUCAGGCGUCACAUUCCGCUCAGCCAAGACUUACAGCGAGCGGGUGGAGGAUUACCACCAGCGCUACGCCUACAUGAAGUCCUGGGCGGGGUUACUGCGCAUCCUGGGCUGCGUCGAGCUCCUUUUGGGCGCUGUCGUCUUCGCCUGCGCGUGUGCUUAUGUGCACAAGGACAACGAGUGGUUCAAUAUGUUCGGCUACUCCCAGCCACAGUUGUUUGGGGGGUUAGGGGGCGGUGCAGCAGCGUAUGGAGGCAGCGGAUCGUUCAGCUACGACGGACCCAAAACCCCCUUCAUCUUGGUAGUGGCUGGCCUGGCCUGGAUAGUAACAGUCAUUAUGCUAGUCCUGGGGAUGACCAUGUACUACCGUACCAUCCUCCUAGACUCGUCUUGGUGGCCGUUGACUGAGUGUGUAAUUAACCUGGCCCUUGGGUUUCUCUACAUGGUAGCAGCAGUAAUGUACGUCAGGGACACAACCAGAGGAGGCCUCUGUUACAUCCCUGUCUUCAACAACGGAGUCAACGGAGCCUUCUGCCGCACAGAGGCCGGCCAGACCGCCGCCAUUAUUUUUCUGUUCGUCAACAUGAUAAUAUAUUUUGUGGGCGCCGGUGUGUGUCUGAAGCUGUGGCGGCACGAGGCGGCGAGGCUGAGGAGGGAGGGGUUAGCGCAGGAGAUGAAAACCAUUGGAUCUUCCCUGCCAAUAUCUGCUCUGGGCGGUUCCAGGACCUCAGCGCAGACCCCUCUCCCCACCCUCCAGACUAUCCCGGAGGUGUUGGACGGCCAUGUUGCCUCUCCAGCCGCCCCUCUGAUGAUGGAGCCAGAGAUCCUCCGAGGACACAUCCCCGCAGGACACAUCCCCAAACCUGUAAUCAUCGCAGACUACGUGGCGAAGUACCCGACAAUCCGUACGGAGGAGGAGAGGGACCAGUACAAGGCUGUGUUUAAGGACCAGUAUGCUGAGUACAAAGAGCUGCAUGCUGAGGUCCAGGUCAUGGCCAAGAAGUUUGACGAGAUGGACGAACUGAUGAGGAACCUGCCUCCACGGCCCUCUAGUCAACUGGAGAAGGAACGCAUCAAUACCAUAGUAUUGGAGUACCAGAGAAAGAAAGCGGAUCCUACGGUCCUUGAGAAGAGGGAGAGGUGUGAGUACCUGAAGAACAAACUGUCCCACAUCAAACAGAAGAUCAACGAAUACAACAAGGUCAUGGACUGGAACGACGGAUUCAACUAGACGAACACACACUCUGAACUGUGCAGUUUAACUGAGCCAGGUCAAGCCCGAAUGCUGAAGUUUACCCUCCACUACAUUAUGUUGGAUGCCAUUCCUUGCCAGUAGAGAGGCUAUAUGGACAUGCCAUGGGUCAAAUCAUAUAAAGAUUUUAGUGCCACAAAAAUUGAUAUUGAGGCUGGUUUUAUAAUCUACACAUUUUCUUAUCUGAUGCAUUUUGUUUUUAUUGAUGUCUGUGAUAUUUUUGUUCACUGCCAUAAUUGUAAGUGGGUUGCCACUGCCCAACCCUGAAGGACAGAUCAGUCUCUACACAGUACCCCAACAUCAAUUUGACCAUGUGGGCAGAUGUCAUUCUUUGUUGUGUUUAAUUAUUUAUCUCCAUUGUACCAUUUUGUAAACUCUAGAUACUGUAACAGUAUGACUCUUAACAAAUCUGUUUAUGUUUUCCUCAACAGACUUUUCCGCAAUAUUUUUUUUAAUUAAGUGACAAAGCAUCUCCUAAAUAUUAUAUGUCGUUGUUGACUUGUGUUUUUCAAAAAACUAUUUUUGCAGCUUCUGGGUGUACAUGAACACAGUCCAAUGUUGUACACUGAUGUCAAUCGAGGUGGUUUUAUCUGGAACACGUGGCCUUUCUGGUAGAUUUUGUACAUUUAUGUGUAGAAACGUCAUCCAGUAUCAUAUAUUUCUGUUUUGACUUGCUUACCAAUGUACUCGUAAUUUCUUGAUAAAUGAAGGAAAGUUUGAUUUCA